AUGGCCAAGAAAACGACCCUCGCCGAGUUCGAGUCCGUCUUCCCCAAGCUCGAGGAGGUCCUCCUAGAGCACGCGCAAAAGUACAAGCUUCCCAAGGAGGAGUUGGCAUGGGUCGCCGUUAGUCUCGAGAUCAACACCCUCGGCGGAAAAUGCAACCGCGGCAUGUCGGUCCCCGACUCGGUCUCCUAUCUGCUCGGCAAGCCCCUUAACGAGGAGGAGUACUUCCAGGCGGCGACGCUCGGCUGGAUGACGGAGCUCCUGCAGGCCUUCUUCCUCGUGUCGGACGACAUCAUGGACACGAGCAUCACCCGCCGCGGCAAGCCCUGCUGGUACCGCCAAGAGGGCGUCGGCAUGGUCGCCAUCAACGACGCCUUCAUGCUCGAGGCCGCCAUCUACACGCUGCUGCGCAAGUUCUUCCGCGAGCACGCCAGCUACGUCGACCUGCUCGAGCUCUUCCACGAGGUCACCUUCCAGACCGAGCUCGGCCAGCUCUGCGACCUCCUGACUGCCCCCGAGGACAAGGUCAACCUCGACAACUUCAGCAUGGAGAAGUACAGCUUCAUCGUCAUCUACAAGACGGCCUACUACUCCUUCUACCUGCCCGUCGCCCUCGCCCUCCACUGCCUCAACAUCGCCACCCCCAAGAACCUCAAGCAGGCCGAGGACAUCCUCAUCCCGCUCGGCGAGUACUUCCAGAUCCAGGACGACUACCUCGACAACUUUGGCCUGCCCGAGCACAUUGGUAAGAUCGGCACCGACAUCAUGGACAACAAGUGCAGCUGGCUCGUCAACCAGGCCCUGCAGAUCGCCACCCCCGAGCAGCGCCGGAUCCUCGAGGAGAACUACGGCCAGAAAGACAAGGCCAAGGAGGCCGUCGUCAAGAAGCUCUUCGACGACCUGAAGCUCAAGGAGCGCUUCGAGGCAUUUGAGGAGAAGCGCGCCAACGAGAUCAAGGAAAUGAUCAACAACGUUGACGAGAGCGAGGGCCUCAAGAAGGGCAUUUUUGAUGCCUUCCUUGCCAAGAUCUACAAGCGCAGCAAAUAG